AUGAUGCCUCUCCGACUUAUAGUCUUUCUGUCGUUUGUAUCCUACAUCCAAGCAUCUGCAAUAUCAUCCGCAACCUCGUAUAGACGACAAAGCGCCCGAAACAGGACAACCAGAGGUGCUGAAGCCACCCAGCAACCGUGCAAUGGGGAAUCCACAUUUCAAAGCCCUAGAAAGGCAUGCAAGUAUUACGUUUGGGACCUUCGUUCAGCGUUGUUAUACCGAUGGUGCCAUCACCUAUUGAAGGACCACGUUUACGAGGGCCGGGGAGGGAAAAAAUUUGUCCGCUUCGAGUCAAACAGUAUCCUACAAUUGCUUUAUCCUUGCAGUCGCUAUGCUCCAAACAGAUGCCUAGUGUGUGGUGGCAGCUUCUCGGAUCACUUGGAACUCUGGUGGUCGAAGCACUUGUACACACCUUGGGAUUUAUGUAUGGACAGAACAUACAAGGAAGGAGAGGUGAUAAUGGAGGAAGACACAACCAAGUCCCGAAGAGGCCGCAACAAGCAAACCUCGCCUCUAAUUGUAUCACCACCAAGAUAUGCCUUUCACAAGCAGUAUGUUCAAGAUGUGAGUGAUUUGAUGAAGGGGGCAACUACUUUACAGGAACAAAAGAAACUACUAAAGGACAAGUUGGAAUCAUCGAGAAAAGGUGACAAAAAGAAAGCACUGGUUCAACAACGUCUGACAAGGUUUCCCGAAUACGGCGUUGCCUACUUGACUCCUCAAAAACCAAAAGAGAACCCAUCUAGAAAGGGCAAACGAUCUUCUUUCACUCUUGAAUUUGCAAGAGCUCUUUGCUUGCUCCGGCUUGAGGGUCUAGUUGCUGAUCAAGAGUAUGAAAACGCGGUACUAAAAAACGCUAUUUGA